GUAUGUUCCGGUCUGGCGAGUUCAGUUGUUGGGGUUUUAGGGUUUUACGCUUUAACACCCGCUUGCUUCAACUCCUACUAUCCUUCCCUCAAACGUCACCAUGACUGCUCAGGACCAUGAAGAGAUCCUCGCCGCUAAAUUGGAAGAACAAAAGAUCGAUCCGGAUAAGCCUGUGAUUGAAGAUGAAAAUGAUUCGGAAGAUGAUGAGGACGAAGAUGAUGACAAGGAUGACGAUGAGGUUGAGGGGCAACAUGAUGGAGAUGCAAGUGGUAGGUCAAAGCAAAGCAGAAGUGAAAAGAAGAGUCGUAAAGCAAUGUUGAAGCUUGGAAUGAAACCAAUCCCUGGUGUUAGCAGGGUUACUGUCAAGAAGAGCAAAAAUAUUUUAUUUGUCAUCUCUAAACCGGAUGUCUUUAAGAGCCCAACAUCAGAUACGUAUGUAGUCUUUGGAGAGGCAAAGAUUGAGGACUUGAGCUCACAACUGCAGACUCAGGCUGCGGAGCAAUUCAAGGCUCCAGAUCUCAGCAACGUGAUCUCCAAGGCAGAGACAUCUACGGUGGCCCAGGAUGAUGAAGAAGUAGACGAGACGGGAGUUGAGCCCAAGGAUAUCGAAUUGGUGAUGACACAAGCAGGAGUUCCGAGAUCAAAGGCUGUGAAAGCACUCAAGGCUGCUGAUGGAGAUAUCGUAACUGCAAUCAUGGAACUUACCAACUAAGAGAACAUCUGUCUCUAAUUUGUUUUGUGAUGAAGUAAACAGUAUUUUUAGUUAUGGUUAUCUGCAGAGUUUGAAGUUGCGCAUCGUUUUCUUUUAGCCUCAGUCAUUUCUUUUUGUUUUUUUUAAAUGGGUAAUUUCUGUUAUUGGUUUUGCCUGUUGUACUAGUAAGACCCAGCAUAAAGUGGAGCACUUGCUUUCUCUGUUAUUCCAGGCUUUGGAAAUUUUUAUUGUGGAAGGGAGAAUUCACUUGA